UCAGAAUUUCUUCGUGCUUGUUAUUCAUGGCUUCUUCAUCAUGUGUGUCUUGCGGUUCGUUGUAUGACGUCUUCCUGAGCUUCCGUGGAGAAGACGUGCGCAAAGGGUUUCUUAGCCACGUUGUGAAAGAGUUCAAAAGCAAGGGGAUCGAAACGUUCAUUGAUAACGAGAUGGAGCGUGGCAAAUCUGUCGGUCCCACGCUUGUAGGAGCGAUCAGACAAUCAAAGGUCGCCAUUGUUUUGCUCUCCCCUAACUACGCUUCUUCAAGCUGGUGUUUGGAUGAGUUAGUGGAGAUCAUGAAGUGCAGGGAGGAGGGUCAACAAAGAGUGAUAACCGUUUUCUACCAAGUGGAUCCAUCAGAUGUUAGGAAGCAGACCGGAGAUUUCGGACAAGCUUUCGAUGAGACCUGUGUGGGGAAAACAGAAGAGGUGACGCAUGUAUGGAUGCAAGCUCUGAAGGAAGUCGCGGGUAUAGCUGGUUAUGCCUCUAGCAACUGGGGGAGUGAAGCUGAUUUGAUCAACGACCUUGCCACAAAUAUUAUGGGUUUGUUGGCUUUGACACCAUCAAAUGAGUUCGAUGACUUUGUUGGCAUAGAACCUCGUGUCACGGAGAUGAAAACGAUGUUGAGCCUACAAACAAAAGAAGUUAAGGUGAUUGGGAUUUGGGGUCCUGCCGGGAUUGGUAAGACGACCGCCGCCAGAGUUUUAUACGACCAAGUCUCUCCUAAAUUUCAGCUCAGCACGUUUUUGGAGAAUAUCAAAGGAAGUUUUGAGAGGCCUUGUGGUAGUAACGACCGUCAGUUGAAGUUGAGGUUUCAGGAAAAGUUGUUGUCUCAAAUUUUCAACCAAAAGGAUAUCGUGGUUGGUCACUUGGGAGUGGCUCCACAAAAGCUGAGUGACAAAAAAGUGUUGGUUGUUCUUGAUGAAGUGGAUAGCUGGUGGCAACUAGAGGAAAUGGCAAAAAGAGAAUGGUUUGGUCCCGGAAGUAUGGUUAUCAUUACAACCGAAGAUAGAAAACUUCUCAAAGCACUUGGACUCGAGGCCAAUCAAAUCUACGAGAUGAAACUUUCCUUGGAUUUGGUAAUCGACAUAAACAUAGAAGCACACAAUGAAACUGAAGAAGGAAAAGAAUCAGGACGUGAUGAGGAUGCAGAGAUGAGGAGCAGGAAAAGAAUGAGGUUUGGGAACUCGAUCAUCUGGCGAUUAAAAGCUUAAAUUAUCUGAUGAAGCAUGUAAAAUCUUGAAUUCUCUGAGGGAAGUUGAAUCGAAGUUACCGGACUCUGAUACUUCUUCGUCUUCUCGAGCUUCUGUGCUCGAAGUGCCAAAAGAGUUUAAGUGUAUGUUCUCGCAUGCGAUCAUGAGCGAACCUAUAGUCAC